AUGAACAACCUUCAACGUGCUGUUUAUCAUGAACGCCAAGAAGACGGCUCGAUGCUUUGUGCCCAACAUGCACUCAACUCACUGCUCCAGGGAAACUAUUUUACUGCACCGGAUCUUUCUGAACUAGCGAAGAAUCUUGAUACCUUGGAGGAAAGCUACGAUGACGACAACCAUGGGUCGCGGAGCGGAAACAUGGAUGACUCAGGCUUUUUCUCUGUCCAAGUUUUGGAAAACGCCCUCAACGUUUGGGGCAUUCGGCUGGCGCGGUGGCGAAGCGAAGAAAUGAGGCCUUUCCACGACCAUCCCGAAAACCAAUUAGCAUUCAUCCUCAACUACGAGCAGCACUGGUUUACCCUACGACGGUUUGGUCAACACUGGUUCAACCUCAACUCCUUCUGCGCUAGGCCAGAGUGGGUCUCGAAGACAUACUUAGCAAUGGUACUCCAACAAGCAGAGGCGGACGGCUACAGUGUUUUUGUUGCUACGUCGGCGGACUCCUCCAACACCUCACUCCCCCAUGCGGAUGCGGACGAUCUCGCGCUUACCGUUGCAGAGCCAACUUCCUCAGGUCGGCCUGACCCACAGUCUUUCUCAUCGCAGUCGACGGCGAUUGAGGGAAUGGAAGACGAAGAUUACGAGCUUCAGGCUGCACUCCAUGCGUCACUGAUGGGUGGUGAAUUGGAAGCCCUAGCACCACCAGUUAUCCAGCCAAGCGUCCCUCCCACCGAGGAAGUCAGUUCAGAGCUGGACCCAGUGGCUGCAAGCAUGGAACGGAAUAGAAGGGCCUUGGAACAGAUGAAGGCUGAGCAAGCCUAUGCUCAACAACAGCUAUGGUCUGACUCGGAUCGAAACGAGGAUGACGAUGAUGAACAUUUUCGGCGCGCAAUGGAAGAAAGCCAAUCGGUCAAUGUACCUCAAGCAAGCGUGCCUCAGCACCGAGUUUACGAUGAUGAUGAUGCCGAACUUCAGGCGGCUCUGAAGGCGUCGUUAGAGGAAGUACCUACUGGCUGGGUAAUGCCAGAAGACUUAUCCCCGCAACCGGAUUUGCCCACCAACACCAAUCCAGAGCCUGUAGUUGAAAGUGUGGAAGUUGAGGAAACAGUUGCUCAGUCUCCGCCCGUAGAAGAAGUUAGUAUCGACGAAAUGCGUCGUCGGAGACUGGCAAGGUUUGGUGGUACAUAA